AUGGCCGACCUCCACGACGCCCUCUCGUGUCUACAGCCGACCACCUGGGACGUGGUCCCAAAAUCGCCGGACGAGCUCCGAGAAUAUGUCCGUGAUAUCUUCAAGAAGAGCCGCCUGAUCGCCGAAUCGCUUCCGGAUCCUCCGCCUUAUGAGAAUCACGAUUCUCACCACGACGGACCGCCAGAGACCCCGCAUGUGGUCCCUUCUUCCGCACGAGUAGCCGAAACAGAUCCAGAGAUCACCACACUCCAAAAUCAAUGGGGCAAACCGAUCAAGAUGGGUGGACCAAAGGACAAUCCACUUGGGGUGCAUGUGUACAAGCUACCCGGCAAUGAUGGUGGUGGACAUUGGUUCGGGAGACGCAGUGUGCACGAGGGACUUCCAUUUGCACGGUGGCGACACAAGCUCUCGACCGAGUUUGACGAGACGCUCAAGGUGAAUCAAGAAAAGAUGUCCAAGGGCGAGACACCGGACAAGUCUAUUCGGGGCAUCGGCGCUGAGGAAAAAGUCGAAAUUGUCGAGGUCACUGAGGAGGAUGGCUCUAUACUGGGAAAGAUCACAGUCUAUCAUGUCUCUGCACAGUUUCCAAAACCUACGGCACCGCGCGACUUCGUUGCGCUGGUAAUCACGUCGGACGUUGGAUUACAGGCUGGCGGGACGAAGCAGCCUGGUCGAAGCUGGAUUAUGGUCUCUAAGCCGUGCGAGCAUCCGGAUGUACCGCACAAGAAUGGCUACAUCCGGGGCGAAUACGAGUCUGUUGAACUAAUCCGCGAGAUUCCCGUGGCCAAGACGACCAGUGAAAGCAACACGCCAAAAAGCAUAGAGGACACUACUCCUAAUUCACAAUAUCCGGAUCUGUCAACAGACCUCAGUCACGAAAAUGAGGACGCUGACUCGAAUCCAGUCGAGUGGAUAAUGGUGACCCGGAGUGACCCGGGAGGCAAUAUUCCACGCUGGAUGGUGGACAAAGGCACGCCGAGGAGCGUGGAAGGAGAUGCCGCCAAGUUUGUUAAUUGGGCUGUCCAAGAAGACGAACCACUUAAGGAGAAGACUCGCUCACGGGCCAAUUCUUCGAUGGCCUCAAUUGGAGCCUCCAAAACAAGGGAAACGAGCAAACGAGACUCUAGUGAGGACGAUGAUUCAGACACCGAAUCGACCGAUACAGACAACCAGGAUGUGCACCACGGCCUCAUUGCUAGCCUCGGAAGCCUUAUAAACAACGGCCUGGAGCGAUUUGCACCACAAGCAGUGUUGGAUUACAUUCCGCAUCACGAGGAAUCACCGCACCAUCUCCCCGGGCGAAUCCAGAUUUCUCAGAGUACUUCCAACCUACACUCCACCACAGAUCCACUGAAGGACAACGAGUCACAUGUCGGGCGAGACCACGCCUCUCAAUCGUCUGGGUUGGCCGCGCCCACAGCCGAAGAGAUAGCACAGCAUUCUCCCGCAGAAAUCAUACAGGCAAGCAAGUCCGGGAAACCAACGCACAACGAAAAGGAACUAGCGAAGUUGGCACUUCGUAAACGCGAGGUCCAGGCUAAGCUCGACGCCGUGCGCUCCGAGCUCGACAAGUUGAAUAUCCCUCCCCAGCACGGCCUCUCACCGGCACGAACGGGCAAGUCCCUCAACAACGGUAUAGAUAGUGACAGCAGCGCGGCAAUCAAACAAGCUGCCGAGAAGCGCUCUUCGACGCCCGCUAGCACUAGCACACACCAAAGCCAGCGCGGAGGGAGCAACAGUGACGGCCAGUCAUCCACGCAGACGCCGCAACGGGACCAGACGCCAGAAGCACCUGCGCAAGUGCACAAGGCAGCAGCACACCUUUCCAAUGAGGAAACCAAACUGCUGAAGCAGAUGGCCAAGAUUGAAGCCAGUCAGCUCAAAAUCGCAACGAAGAUCGAGUCGCGCCAGCGGAAGGAAGCUGAACGUUCUGAAAAGAGCAAGUCUCGGUCAGAGACUGAGACCCUGCGGCACGAAGUGGAGGACCUGCGCAAAGAGGUUGCAAAGCUGCGCGAUGAGCGCAAAAAAUGGGUGGAUUUAGUUGCAUCGCUGCAGGCUGAGAAUACGAAGUUGACUGCUGCGGAGGAAAGCAAGAGAACGAGUGCUUCAUAG